GUUUCACUGUAGCAGGAAAUUCUCCAAGCUAGUGACUUUCAUUCUGUCACUGCUCAGUCAGAAGGGGAUCUGUCCUGACAGGAGUUAUUUCUCAUUAUGGCAAGCGCACAGCUGGUGCUCCUGACUCUUUUUGUCUGCUCUGCUUAUGGAGCUGGUCUAGAGGAUAAGAAAGGACCAUUAGAUCAUAAAGUCUUGAAUGUGCCAGAAGCCACACCAGUGCCAUAUCCUGUUUUUCAGUUUACGUCCAAAGCAGAUGGCGUGUCGUCAUAUCAUGUAAGCGGUGAGACCGAGGGGAAGAUUGGCAUAUCAACUGAUGGUUGGCUGUACCUUGAAGAAGCACUGGAAUGGAGCCCAGAAAAAAGACACACUCUAAGUAUUGAGGCACAUUCAACUGAAGGUGAGACUGUUGAUGGACCUUACACAGUUGUUCUCCUAGUUGUGGAUGUCAACAACAAUGCUCCUGUCUUUAAUCAGAGCCUGUAUAGUGGUACUAUCAGAGAGCAUUCACCUGCAGGAAUUCCAUUUGUGCAUGUGUUCGCCACGGAUGCUGAUGAUCCAGACACACCCAAUUCACAACUGAUAUACAGUAUUGAGAGCCAAAUCCCCAACCCUACCGGUGUAGCUUUCUUUACCAUCAACCCAAACACCGGGGAAAUUUCCACCACACAUGAGGGAGCUGUGUCACUAAGAGCUAGAACUGGGGUGAUUUACAAUCGUGGAGAAACUCGGGGGAAUGUUGACGUUCUGAAGAGGAAGUUUGAUGAAUUCUGCUCUUCAAGGAAUGAGAUAUCCUUCGAGGACAACCCCUUCUUUACUUGUGUCCAACGUGCUGAGAACAGGCGACUGUACGCCAUACAGGAUCCAGACUACACUCUAAUCGUGCGAGUGAAGGAUUUAGGUGGUGGGGUGCCAAAUGCACUGAGCACCAUCACAAGGGUCAAUAUUGCUGUGACUCAGAAUCUGUGGGUUAAACCUGAACCAUUCGGCAUCAUGGAGAAUUUAAUAGUGGAAUACCCCAUGUUGCUUACCUCGGUACGUGCCAAUGACCCCAAUGCACUGUACAAGCUGGUGCAGAAGGAGAAAGAAAUUCCCUUUCCUUUUACUAUCAAUGAAGAUGGAGAGAUCUACAUCACUGGGCCACUAGACAGAGAGACGAAGAACAUGUACAUCCUGGUAGUCUUGGCUGAGGAUGAGCAAGGCGUCGAGCUGGAACCUCCUCUGGAGAUCCAAGUCGUGGUGGAAGAUGUGAAUGAUAAUGCUCCUGAGUGUGCCACAGCUGAAAGUGUGUUUGAGGUGCAGGAGAAUGAGAAAGUUGGUAGCCACGUUGGAGAUCUGUUGGUUCAUGAUGCCGACAAGGAGAAAACACUGAACUCGCUGCUGACCUUCAAGCUUUUGAGCCAGAGUCCCACCAAUCCAUCUGAUGGAAUGUUCAUCAUUGACCAAGCGCUUGGAAGUAUCCAGGUGGCCAAACAUAACUUCCGUAGGAAGGAUGUGCCGCAAUAUCAUCUUAAGGUUUCAGUUACAGAUGGAGUUUACGGCACAGAGUGUGACGUUAUCAUCAACGUUAUCGACCUCAAUAACGAGGUCCCCAUCUUUGAGAAGAAUGAUUAUGGGAGAUACAGUGUUCCAGAAUUAGCUGAAGUGGGAACUACUCUGCUAACAAUCAACGCUAUGGACGCUGAUGAUCCAGGGACAGGCAGCUCUAAGGUGGAAUACCACAUCACUGCAGGUGAUCCGGACAAUGUGUUCGCCAUAGAAGUUGAUGAUGCCACUGGAGAGGGCAGAGUCUACAUAGCACGGCCGUUGGAUUAUGAGGGUCAAUCUACCUAUAAGCUUCACAUCGAUGCGCGUAAUCCUGAGCCGCUGAUCGAGGGGGUGGACUAUGACAAUCGUUCCAGCACGGUCGUUGUCAUUGAGCUGGUCGAUGUGGAUGAGCCUCCAGUGUUCACUGUAGAUACUGUGAAUGUCAACAUCCCAGAAAAUAUCACUGUAGGAGCCACCAUCUUGACAGCUGAUGCUAAAGACCCAGAGGGACAUAAAAUCAUGUUUAAGCUGGAGGGAGAUGAGCAUGGCUGGCUGGACCUGAACGCUGAAACAGGGGAGUUGAAGACUAAAGCGGAGUUGGACAGAGAAAUGGUGGAUCAACUCACUGUCCGAAUCAUCGCAUAUGAGUCAGAGGAUCAGAUGCAGCAAGCUGAGAGGGAAGUGUCCAUCCAGCUAAUGGAUGUAAAUGAUAACUACCCUAAGCUACAGAAGUCACAAGGAUUCAUAUGUGUGAAGAAGCCAGAGCCCUUGAUAUUGACUGCCGUGGACGGAGAUGCUGAACCAUUUGGAGAACCCUUUACCUUCACUCUGCAAAUGGCCCGCAAAUCUCCUAACUGGGAAAUCACAUCAGUAAACGGCACCUCAGCUAAGCUCGUUCUGCAGAAGAAGCCCACCAGUGACCAGACCUUCAACAUCCCUGUCAACAUCAAGGACAACGCAGGCGUAGGUGUUACACAUAGGUUCGAAGUUCGAGUAUGUAACUGCACUGAGCUGGGUUACUGUUACGUGGAGCCAGGGACUCAUGCCUGGAAGUUUGGCAUGUCCACUACUGUGGGCAUUCUAGGAGGAGUUUUGGGAUUUAUCAUUUUGUUUCUGGCUAUUGUAAUAUGCCGCAUCAAGAAGCGUGAGAAGAAGAAGAAGGAGACCAUGGUGGCUGACGGGGAAACCAACGCCAUGCUCUAGAUGCCAUGCUCAGUUAUGCGCACACUGCUCACAUGCAAUGUUGAUAGCUUGUGGUCUUUUUGAACUUGUGUUUUUUGUAUUUUAUUUGGCAGGCAAUUGAAAGUAAACAAACCGUUGGACUUUGUAGUACUGUGACACUCUUCAUGACUGGAAUUUUCUGUUUCUGUUUUAAAGCAAAGGUGCCUGAUAGCGUCCAGGUGACUCUCCUAUGUGUAGUCUAUUAGGCUCUCUCAAACAUCUCAACCAUAUUCCAUCUUGAUUAAUAAUAAAUGUUUAGCUAGCUUUUAAAAAUAAAUGCUUUCAAGCAGAAAUACAAAUGACCUGAUUUAGUCAAGGGUUUGAAGUAACACUCCAUCUGCUCUCCAUCUGUAAUCUCUCCAUCUGUAAUUCCUUAUCUGAAUGGCCAGUGAUUUUCGCUGCUGCUGAUUUUGUUUGAUUUUCUGUGUGUGUGUGGUGUCAGUGAAGCUUUGUGCUACAUUAAUCUGUGCUCUGUUAGAAUGGAACUGCUUGUAGUAUUAUAAAGGUUUGACAGUAGAUACUCUACUGCUGUGUAGAAUAAUAUAUUUAUUCUCUUUAACAUAAUCAGAAGAUUUGACCAUUUUUAUUACCCUUCCUCGCUCAACCCAAACUCUGGUUCAAGUCAGAAUUAAGAACGGAAAGCCAGGCUAUACUGUACUACAUUAACUAUAAGUAGGAAAUUUGGUUUUGUCUUAAUAAACAUCUCCAUUGACAGAGAA